CCAAAUAUUCGUUGGUUCCCUCUCGUCAAAAAAUCCAAAGAAGCCAUUUUUUAAAAUUUUGGAGACACUCCGAAGCUAUAUAAUCUCAUUCGAGCUGUAAGUCCCCACGCUACCCCUCCCACUUCAAUCUUAACUCUUCCUCCUUCCUUUAACUUUUUCCCAAUGGAGAGUAGCUUCUCUUCUCCCCGAAACGAUACUUUUCCUGCUGGCCUCCGGGUCCUCGUCGUCGACGACGAUCCCACUUGGCUUAAGAUCUUAGAAAAGAUGCUCAAGAAGUGCUCCUACGAAGUGACUACAUGUGGUUUGGCAAGAGAUGCUUUGCACUUGCUUCGCCAAAAGAAAGAUGGAUAUGACAUUGUUAUCAGUGAUGUGAACAUGCCUGACAUGGAUGGUUUUAGACUUCUUGAGCAUGUAGGACUUGAGAUGGAUCUUCCAGUUAUUAUGAUGUCUGUUGAUGGAGAAGCGAGUAGGGUUAUGAAAGGAGUUCAACAUGGAGCAUGUGAUUAUCUUCUUAAGCCGAUAAGAAUGAAAGAACUGCGCAAUAUAUGGCAGCAUGUCUUUAGAAAGAAGAUACAUUAAGUCGUUGAGAUUUUACUCUUUGAAGUUUUUUGUUUUGAGAGCAUUUUUUAUCCAAAUAUUUUUGUUUAAGCUUGGUGACACCAAAAACAAUAUUCACCAUUUGUGUUCUCUUUAUAUCAAUCUAAUAAUAACCCAAACAAUCUUAUAG